CCAGGGCCACAUAGUGAGACUGUUUCGAAAAAAAAGUUCUUUUUGGUUAAAUUUAAUUUGUUGUGUGAACACAGCAGUCAGAUGACAGCUUGCAGGAGGGAAUCAGUUCUCUUCUUCCAAAUUGUGGGUUCCAGGGAUUGAACGCAGGUCUGGCAAGCCUUUAACACGCUGAGCCAUCUCACCAUGCUUCAAAUGGUGAAUUUUUUAUUUUAUUUUAUUUUAUUUAUUCCUAGAAAGGGGUGGAAAACCCCUUUCCCUCCUAGGAAUGGACCUGCUGUUUUUUUUAAUUUCCCUCUAGGGGGCGCGCAAGAUUCACGGAUUUGUGCCUCACUUCCGUUUGCCUUCAUCCUUCCUCCUGCGCAUGUGCACAGUUGACUUCCUGGCCUCUCAGUAGGGCCCGUCGGCCGCCGUCCCCGGAAACGCUUUCUUCCCACGCAGCCGCAGGCCGCCGCUCUUCGGCCUCUCUAGGCCGGCAGGUCCUCCGCUCCAUGGUCCUGUCUGUCAGCGCAGUGUCGGGAAUCCACGGGUGAGGCCGGACCGCGCUCGGACGCUUCAAACCCUCGAGCCGGUCGCGGGUGAGUGAACCCGGGAGGAGCCCGGCGGACGGAACCGGCAGGGUUUCCCCUGACGCCGUUGCCCGGCGGCCGCGGGCCGAUGGCGUGGCUGCGUUGAGCGGCGCGAGUGGCUGCCGAGCCCCGCGGGCCGGCAUGGCGGGCCAGUUUCGCAGCUACGUGUGGGAUCCAUUGCUGAUCCUGUCGCAGAUUGUGCUCAUGCAGACGGUGUACUACGGCUCGCUGGGCCUGUGGCUGGCGCUGGUGGACGCGCUGGUGCACAGCAGCCCUUCGCUGGACCAGAUGUUCGACGCGGAGAUCCUGGGCUUUUCCACCCCUCCAGGCCGGCUCUCAAUGAUGUCCUUCGUCCUCAACGCCCUCACCUGUGCCCUGGGCUUGCUGUACUUCAUCCGGCGAGGGAAGCAGUGUCUGGAUUUCACUGUGACUGUCCAUUUCUUUCACCUCCUGGGCUGUUGGCUCUACAGCUCCCGCUUCCCCUCGGCGCUGACCUGGUGGCUGGUCCAGGCUGUGUGCAUUGCACUCAUGGCCGUCAUCGGGGAAUACCUGUGCAUGCGGACGGAACUCAAGGAGAUCCCCCUCAGCUCAGCCCCUAAAUCCAAUGUCUAGAGUUGAGCCCUUCGGAUACUCUGCUGGCAUUUGGGCCUCCUGUCACCUUGGGCUGCUCAGACCUCCAGAUGGGGUCCAGCCCAAGUCUGAGAGGAACCCUGGAAAUGUGAAGUCUGUUGGUGGAGAGAUAGUGAGGUCCUGUCACAAAGGCAGGUAGCAGUCAUGAUCGCAGCUGCAAGGAUGGCCUCUGCCUGCUGGAGCUUUGAUAUCUGGAAGCCAUGACGGGGACCUCAUUGAGGGUGGUAACAGAUUUGGAACCAUGUCAACUCUUGAGCCAUCAUACCGUCACCAGCCUGUUAUUUUAAAAAAGGAAAAAAAAAAUCAAGGAUAUCUGAUUGGCGCAAACACUCUUCUGGUUGCCUGUCUUGCCCUUUGGGACAGCUGGUACCUUUGUCCCGUUGCCAAACCACAGUGGUUCUGUGUGGAGAAAUAUUUGACUUCUGGGUUCGUAGCCACAAAAGAGGUGUAGGUGCAAAGUACUAGGCUGCUGUCAGUGGACGAAGGAUGAGGCCUCAAGCACAAGAGAAUGCACAGCCUGUGCUCCGUUAGACACAUACAAAAGUGUGUUUGUGUGUCCGAGAACCUCUGUAUGGACUCUACCCUGCUGCCGGUUCUCAACACAGCAGGCCACAGGACCCAGAGAAGAAUCCCAGCACCCCUUCCCUGCAGCCUUAGCUUCAUAAUAAAAGCCACGGUCUGCUCUCUAGGAAUGACCGGGCCCCAGCUUCCAUUGGACCUCAGUUGUGGCAAGAGUUUCUUUUUCCUCUCUUGUUUGCACUCUGUGAUGGGGGAGGGUAUGAUGGGUGCCCAGCUUCCCUAUGGCAGGCUCCACUGACGAUACUGGAAGAGACGGGAAUUUGCUGUGAAGGUUAGAGUUUGCUUCUAGCGUUUCCUCUGUGAGGCGCUGGCAGCUGUCCUUUCUAGGUACAUAAAUACAGUAUUUUCCACA